CCACAGGUUGCACCAGUUGCCGGGAUCUCUGCACCAACCAGCAAAACGUCGUCCGAAAUGGCAGCCGAGCUUGCAAGAACAUCAGGGACUCCGGAGAUUCUUCAAACGGGGGAUAAAAUGAUGGGAGGAAGGUUUGUUGGAAGUACAGAUCCAGUCAUGGAGAUGCUCAGCUCUUCCAUUACCUAUGAUCAGAGACUGGCUGAAGUUGAUAUCCAGGGGAGCAUGGCUUACGCCAAAGCCUUGGAGAAAGCCGGUAUCCUAUCUAAAACUGAGCUGGAGAAGAUCCUGAGUGGCCUGGAAAAGAUCUCUGAGGAAUGGUCUAAAGGAAUCUUUGUGGUGACCCAAACUGAUGAGGACAUCCACACUGCCAAUGAACGCAGACUAAAGGAAUUGAUUGGAGACAUAGCAGGAAAGCUGCACACUGGAAGAAGCAGAAAUGAUCAGGUUGUGACCGACUUGAAGCUGUUCAUGAAGAAUUCCCUCUCUGUCAUCUCCACUCACCUCCUGCAGCUCAUUAAGACCCUGGUGGAACGUGCUGCCAUAGAAAUUGAUGUUAUCUUGCCCGGCUACACCCACCUGCAGAAAGCUCAGCCCAUCAGAUGGAGCCAGUUCUUGCUCAGCCAUGCUGUUGCUCUGACCCGUGACUCUGAGCGCCUGGGAGAGAUAAAGAAGAGGAUCAACGUUUUGCCUUUGGGAAGCGGUGCUCUGGCUGGCAACCCACUGGAAAUUGAUAGAGAGCUUCUGCGUAGUGAGCUGGACUUUGCCUCCAUCAGCCUGAACAGCAUGGAUGCCGUUAGUGAGAGAGACUUUGUGGUGGAAUUCCUCUCUGUUGCCACCCUGUUGAUGAUCCACCUUAGCAAGAUGGCUGAAGAUCUCAUCCUCUACAGUACCAGCGAGUUUGGCUUUCUGACACUCUCUGAUGCUUUUAGCACUGGCAGCAGCCUGAUGCCUCAGAAGAAGAAUCCUGAUAGCCUGGAACUGAUCCGCAGCAAGGCUGGACGGGUGUUUGGACGGUUGGCUGCUAUUCUCAUGGUUCUCAAAGGACUUCCAAGUACCUACAACAAGGAUCUGCAGGAGGACAAGGAGGCCGUCUUUGAUGUUGUGGACACCCUGAAUGCUGUGCUCCAGGUUGCCACUGGAGUGAUUUCUACCCUCCAGAUCAACAAGGAGAACAUGGAGAAGGCGCUGAGCCCUGAGAUGCUGUCUACUGACCUGGCUCUCUACUUGGUUCGUAAAGGAAUGCCAUUCAGACAAGCCCACGUUGCCUCUGGGAAGGCCGUCCACCUCGCCGAGUCUAAAGGUGUCACCAUCAAUAAUCUCACCCUGGAGGACCUGAAGAGCAUCAGCCCCCUGAUCGGCAGCGACGUCUCCCAGGUCUUCAAUGUUGUCAACAGUGUGGAGCAGUACACGGCCAUGGGCGGUACCGCCAAGAGCAGCGUGACUGCCCAGAUCGAGCAGCUCAGGGAGCUGCUGAAGAAGCUGAAGGAACAAGCCUAGAGUGUGGGGAGAUAUCCCGUGGAUGCAGCGUUUUGUGCCUAUCACAUUAAUCUGAAGUUAAUAAACACUGGGGUGUAUGUAGUUCACUGAAA